CAGUUGUGUGAACGAAACCUGCAGUGAUAUGCAUGAGAAGCAUCACUGUGUCUGCAAUAUUUUUGAGAUGUUUUUAUACCAUACUGCAAUGCUGCACGAAGUGAGAACACAUUCAACGAACUUGAACUCGGAGAGGAAGCAAGCAGCCCACUUCCUAUCGUCAUGGUAACAGCAUGUGAAUGCGUUGAGCCAGAGCAGCGAGCUACAGAGAGACAGCAUCACACGGCACGGUUCUGUCCCCAGAGCAAAUGAAAGGUAAGACGAAGGGGACAAUUAGGUUUGACCAUCCUCAGAGAUCUGGGAAAUGUGCAUUUAACUGCAUUGAAAGGUUGUGUAUUUUCAAGCUUGAAGGAGCUAAUGGAAUAUCUCUGCAACGGAUUGAUUCAUGGGAAAGUGCUGAAUUGAAAUCGAAGAUGGAAAACACGACCUUGGUUUGUUCUGCCCAAGGCUGGUGCGGCCCGAACAUUUCCACCUUUUCAUCCGAGUGGGAUGAUAACGUGAACUCCUUCCUGAAGGCACCUGACGUGAUCAAACCCCCUCCACAGUUCCAGGAUCCAGAGGAGCCGAGCCAGACAUCACCCAAUAACUCUGCUGCCGUGAUAAGACGAGAUAAAGAUUACGUGAAGAAGGAGCGUAGGAGUCGACCGAUCAGUAACAUAGAGCUCCACAGACGCUCCUUGUCACUUUUCACCACUGUCAACUCCAACCCUGGUGUGGCCCGGCGCCGGUGUGAAAGCUAUGCGCUUUCAUAUCCCAGCAGCAGCUCCGAGGACAGCGGCAGCGACAGCACAUCCGCCAGGAGGGGAGGUCGACUCCCGGAUGCCGUGCUGCGAUCUAGAUCUCGGAGCAUCGUCCUCAAGAAAGCCAAAACUAAACCAGCUCCACCUGUGCGAACAGUGUCACUUCAAAGGCUCGCGGCGGAGAAUGAUUCAGAACAGAAAUUACAGGGGCUCCCUCUGAAAAAAGAGGGCCAAAACAUCAUGAUACUGCCUGAUCUCAUUCCAACCUCAAAGCAAGAAGUUGGUAAGAGCAAGAAACCAACAGCUGAAGCACCUGGCAAGGCACUGAAGACGUCUGUCUCUAGUCAUCGAGCACUUAAUGAGCUUCGAUCUAGUGAACCAUGUAAGUCUAUGGCAACUACAAUAAACGGAAGCACCGUUGGUAAUUAUGAAAUGAACACAUCCCCGUCUUCUUCCCACUCCUCGCCCUCCCAGCCUUGCAUCUCUUCUCCUUCCAAACGCUUCGGGACAAACUCUCCAUCGAGUGGCUAUGCAAGCCAAUGCGAAACACCUACUCAAUCAGGAUCUUCUCAGCUGGGAGGCAGAAUGCGACAUAAGCCUUCCAGUGUUAUUCCUGGCCAAAGGAUGAAAAACCACAACGCAAGGCUAUCUCUUCAGCUUCCUGAACUUCAGCGGCUCUCUCCUGAUCCAGAGCCUUCCGUGGCUCAGCCAAAAGUAAACCGCCGCUACUCGGACAGCACCGAAGCCACCAGACCCAAGCAAAGGAUGAGUAACAGUUUGAUGAUCAUGCCAGUGGUGACUCAAGAGGAUCUGAACAACGUGCGUUUACGCUCGGUUAGCAGCUCGGAUCUUGAGAAUUCGCAGGAGACUACAGCGGAUGCUAUCGAAGAGGAGAUCUCUUUAAGCCCUACAAACCACCAAAAAGCCAAACCUCCAGUGGCUCCCAAGCCCCACAGAAAUAAGUGGCCACCCAAUGCCAUGGCUCAGCCACGUUUUGGAACGGCUUCUGAUCCAGAACCAACAACAGUCAAACCCAGUGAGAGACCGCAAGAUAUUUACGCAAUGAUAAACAAAGUAAAACCCACAGUGCCUGUACCAUCAGACCAAGCACAUCAUCUGAAGCAGCAGAAGGACUGCUACAUUUUGGAAGGACAUUCUCUACAGCUGACGAGAGACUCCCAUCAGCCACAGAAUCCAAAUGUGCUCCCCUUCAGCACAACCACCAGCUCUAACCAACAUGGACUUCCUAAGAAGCGAAGAGCCCCACCGCCCCCUCUGACGAAGACACCAGCUGUGGACAAUUCACUUUAUUAUAACUCAGCAGCUCAGAAAAGCCCAGACGAUUCCUUGUCUCCAAGUAAACUCAAGUCUCCGAAGUCUCCGAAGUCUCCCAUCUCUGCAAGUCAGUAUCAUGUUACUCUAUAUGGCGUAAUUCCAUCUUACCCUAUGGCCACUGAGCAACAGCACUCAAAUGCACCAGAUAAGCCAACGUACGAUGUAGAGAAGAGGGACCAAAUGCCUGACCUAGGAUCUCUGCAAUUGGUAGGAGAGGAAGACGAUGUGUUUCUUUACAAGUCCAAAUCUCAAACAACGGAGGACCUGUUCACCAUAAUUCACAGGUCUAAAAGAAAGCUUCUGGGUCGUAAAGACUCCUUUGAAAACAAGCAGGGUGACCCAGGCACUCAGACACUCGGCAGUGGAGCGUCCAAAAUCAGCUCUCAAAAUGACAACUUCAUGGCUUUUCUGAGAAGGACAAGAAGUGCCAAGGCUAGCUGCAGUGAACGAAUCUCCGCCACAGAGCUCCUUAGAAGCUCCAAGCCCACGGCUAACAUCGCGGCAAACAUGACCCACCGCAAAAACAGCUAUGUACAGUCACAUGGUCCAUAGAGCAGAUUGUUCCCAGUCGUGUUUUAUAUCUAAAUUAGUUUGUGACAAAUGCCAUGUUAAAGUUUCUGAAAUAAUAUAUUAAGAGUAUCAAGACAUCGGCUUGUAAAUAUUUGCUUUUGUUUUGAAUAAGACCUAAAGUAGAACAUUAUGAAGUUAAAACGUAUAUCUUCCUGAAACACGUUUGUUGCUGUGAAUGAUAACAGAAUGAUUCACAUUUGUAAAUUCAAAUACAGCUUUAAGUGUUAAUGUAAAUAUAAAUGUUUUAAGAGUGGAGACGCUAUCCUGAGAAAAUGUUACAGUUCUAGUCUCUAUGUUACUGAAUAUUAAAACAUAAAUAAUUUGUUGUGUUUGGACUUCCUGCCUUCCAUAAAGAAGACUAUUGUAUAUCAAUGACUGUAUUAAAGAUGUUCUGCUGUAGAUUUGCACAUGUUCAGUAUAAUAAAUUUUUUUUCAGAAGUGA